AUGGGAAACCAUUGCGUUGCUGCCAUAGAGCUUCACGAAGAAGAAAGUGGAAUCUGUAGUGUCAUUUACUACAGAACACAUUUCGGCCAUGACCAGAACAUUGCUUUUCUGCAUCUCAGUGGUUCGGAUAGAAAAGCCAUCGCUGGUAAAAUUGCUGAGGGGGUCACUUUCCAGAGAAUUCUGGAUGAUGUGCGGGACUCAGUUCAUUCCAGCGGAAUGGAGAGGCUGCAUCUCCUGACUCGGCAUGACCUUCAUAACAUUAAGAGAGACUUCGCCAUUGGUGAUGAUCAGCAGCAUAACAUUGAUGAAGUCAGUGUUAGUAUGUGGCUGGAGAAAAUGAAAGACUGUGUUCUCCUCUAUAAGAAAGAAGGCGAGGCCAGGGAAGAUGUUGAUAGGACUGACUCGGUGACAGUGUUAAUGACUGACUACCAGAAGCAGUUAUUACAGAGAUUUGGACAAAAUAUUGUAUGUGUGGACUCCACACAUUGUACAAAUGUUUACAAACUGUUGGUGACCACAUUGUUAGUGGUAGAUGAUUUUGGUUCAGGUAUGCCAGUAGCAUUCUGUGUUUCAAAUCUGGAGACUACUUCCAUAAUGACUCAUUUCUUUAUUGCUGUGAAAGAGCUGGCGUCUUAA